AUGCAGCUGCAACGUACUCUCGCGGGGCCUGGGAGCCUGCAGAGCAGCCGGAAGGCCCCCUCCGUGCGCUGCGCCGCCCAGGUGAAGACCGCCGAGGCGCCCGCUGGCGCGGUCUCCGCGCCCAGCAGCAGCACCGAGGCCGAAAUCUACAUCGGCUUCCCCAAGGGGGACUACGCCCCGAGGGAGGGCCGCAAGGGGCGUGUCGUGAAGGAUGACCCCCGCAAGUACCCCUCAAAGGAGGACCUCGGCUUCCUGCCGGGCGCCACUGGCGGCUGGGCGGGCGGCGAGGCGGGCCUGUGGAAGUUGAGGGAGGAGGUGCUGGCUCAGAAGGAGAAGAAGAAGAAGUGGGCCGAGGCGGCCGCUGCGGCGCCCUCGACGCCCAUCAAGCCCGCGGUGCCGCAGCCCGAGGGCGGCAAGGCGCCGAUCUACCUCGGCUACAGCAAGAGUGACACGGAUCUCCGCAAGGUGGGCGCCCCCGGCCGCAUCAUCCUGGACGACCCCACAAAGUACCCCGCCAAGGAGGACCUCGGCUUCUUUGCCGGUGCCACCGGCGGCUUUGCUGCCGGCGAGAAGGGGCUGAAGCAGUUCGUGCGCGACGGCGAGCUCCAGCUGCGCAAGGAGGGCGAGCCGGGCGGCAAUCAGUUCAGCCCCGUGGCGAUCGCUGGCCUGCUCGUCCUCGCGGGCGCCGGUGGCGGCCUGCUGCUCAACGGCGUGGCUGACGUGGCCUCCGAGGGCCUGCAGGGUGUUCCUGCCAUCACCGAGGCCCCCAUCGAUGACAACACGAAGACCCUGUUGCUCGCCGCCCUCGGCCUGCUGGGCGCCGCCGGCCUGGUCGCCACCGGCCGCGCCGCGGUCGCGUCCGCGACCGAGAAGGUCGCCUCUGAGGGCCAGAGGCUGGCGCUGCUCGCCGGCUUCUGGGUGGCCGUCUUCCUCGCCGCCCGCGCCAUCCUGGUGGCGUGA